AUGAUGCCAUCAGAAUAUGAUGCCAUCGCAAUGUGAGUUUUCAGUGCCCUUUCCACUUCCUUGGCUGCUGUUUGCAGGGAUGAUCAGAAUUUCAGCUUGAUGGCAUAGCAAGUGUUUGGCUCUAUCAAAAAUUACAUGGGACGAGGAUGUGCAAUGGAGUCAGUGUUCAUGUGGGACUGCCAACCCAGACAUAUAGUUCCAGCCACGCUUCCUUUGCUCAAGUGGGUCCAAACAGUGCCAUUUUUGUCUAGAAAAAGAGGUGCCAGAACUCUCCACGAAUACCUCUCUUGUUUUCUUAGAAUGGCAAUGGAGAGGUGCCAGUACCCACCUGAGAGGUGCUGGAACUGAGUUCCUGUGAGUUCCCCCUUUAAAAAACCUGGACCCAAGGUAAAUCAACAAGGAGCUCCAGAGUUACAUUGGCAGAAUCUGAAUUCAGAUUUUGACCACAUCUGUUCAUCACCAGCUAAGCAUUCUCACAGGCUUAUGUAUCAACAUUUGCUUUUUCUCACCUGUAAAAUGAAUCAAGUGCCUCUUUCCUAACUCUGAACAUGCUGAGGACAUCAAAAGAGUCAUUUUCUCUUGCUUUUCUCUUUUCAUCAUCACUAUAAAAAGUGGAGGCCUUCAAGUCUAGUUUUUAUGGAACUGGAUUUCCCUGCCGUUAAAUUAGAAGUUACGGCAGACGUGCUUUUAAGUAUAGCUCAGAUCUCUGCUCAGCAAAACGGGCAAGCAUGCUGGUUAACCAACACCCCAAGCUAAUAAACGGGAUGUAAAUGGAGAUUUGGGGCUGAUGAGAGCUGCCCAUCCCGCAGAUAAAAAGAGGAGAAAGUUCCAGUUCUGGUUUCAGAGUGAGGGUACCGCCUGUGGAUAACUUCCUUGCCUGCUCCGGCACACAGAGACACAAGGCAUCAUCAUCCUUCAUUCCGCUGUCUGUCAGCUGCUAUGUCUUGCCAGUCAUUCUGUGCUAGUACUAGAGGGGGUGGUGCAGUCAGGAAUUACAGCUCAUCCUCAGCUGUGGUACCAAGGAAUGUGAAACGCUACAGUGCCGUUAGCACCGUCUCAUACAAAGGGGGCAGCAGUGUGGGCCCCCGAGGGCUAGGAUUUGGUAGCAGAAGUCUUUCUGGUGUUGCGACCUGCAGGCCCAGAAUAGCUAUUGGCAGCUACCGCCCAGUGAGAUAUGGAUAUGGUCUGGGGGCCGCUGGUUUUGGACAUGGCUAUGGUACUUCCAGCUUUGGCUACAGGGUUGGUGGAGUCAGUGGGACUUGCUCACCAGGCAUUGCGCCUGUCACGGUCAACCCUCACCUCCUCCAGCCUCUCCACCUGGACAUUGACCCCAACAUCCAAAUGGUGAAACAACAGGAGAAAGAGCAGCUAAAGACCCUCAACAACAAAUUCGCUUCAUUCAUUGACAAGGUGAGUCAUCAGAUGGCGGUCUCCACUCUAAACAACUCGUAUAGAUAUUUCAGUGGAUGGAGUUAAAGUUAUUCGUUAGCCAAAAUCUUCAGCAAGAAAGCAUGCGGUUGGUAGUAUUCAACUAAGUUUUACUCAGAGUAUACACAAUGAAAUUAAUGGACCUAACGUAUUGAUUUCAGCAGGUCUACUCUGAGGAAAACUUAUUUUAAUAAUAAUAAUAAUAUAUUAUUUAUACCCCCGCCUAUCUGGCUAGGUUUCCCCAGCCACUCUGGGCGGCUUCCAACAAAAUAUUAAAAUACAAUAGUCCUUCAUAUAUUAAAAGCUUCCCUAAACAGGGCUGCCUUCAGAUGUCUCCUAAAAAUCUGGUAGUUGUUUUUUCCUUUGACAUCUGGUGGGAGGGUGUUCCACAGGGCGGGCGACACUACUGAGAAGACCCUCUGCUUGGUUCCCUGUAACUUCGCUUCUCGCAGUGAGGGAACUGCCAGAAGAUCCUCAACGCUGGACCUCAGUGUCCGGGCAGAACGAUGUAGGUGGAGACGCUCCUUCAGGUAUACUGGACAGAGGCCAUUUAGGUCUCGGCGGCCGCUCCCAGUCACCAGUCUAGCUGCCGCAUUCUGGAUUAGUUGUAGUUUCCGGGUCACCUUCAAAGGUAGCCCCACCUAGAGCGCAUUGCAGUAGUCCAAGCGAGAGAUAACUAGAGCAUGCACCUCUCUGGUGAGACAGUCUGCAGGCAGAUAGGGUCUCAGCCUGUGUACCAGAUGGAGCCGGUAAACAGCUGCCCUGGGCACAGAAUUGACCUGUGCUUCCAUGGACAGCUGCAAGUCCAAAAUGACUCCCAGGCUGCGCACCUGGUCCUUCAGGGGCACAGUUACCCCAUUCAGGACCAGGGAGUCCUCCACUCCUGCCCGCCUCCUGUCCCCCCAAAACAGUACUUCUGUCUUGUCAGGAUUCAACCUCAAUCUGUUAGCUGCCAUCCAUCCUCGAACUGCCAUCCAUCCUCCAAUACCAUCAAGUCAUGUCCCAAUGGGGAGAAGAGAAUGAAACCAUGUUUUACAGCAGAAACAUCUUGACAUGGGAAUAUAUGGGUAAUUCAUAAUUCCCUAGUAAGGAGCCUUGCUGACUUAAAACACAUUGGAUGUUACUUUUGGACUGAUGGUUAUUUUAAAACUCUCAAAGCGAGCCAGCUUAGCCCAGCGGUACAACUGACCAACGCAUUGCUUGGAUCCCCCAAUUGCUUCCAGCAGUUUGAGACCCACAGGCGCUGCCUGGCUUUUUUAAAAAAACAACCACAAAACAAAACACAACAACUCUCAAAGCACCCUUGGGAGGAAGAACAUUAAGUGGCCUUAUCCAUCUAAAUCAGGGAUGUGGAACCCAACAGAGGCUACUGGACUUCAGCCCCAGCCAGCAAGAUCAAUUGUUAAGGAUGAUGGGAGUUGUAGUCCAACAACACCUGGAGGGAGGGCCACAGGUUCCUGCUGUGUUGCCAGGGUCUCAGAUAGUAUGUUUUACCCACUUUGCUUACCUAAGGAUGAUCCUUUAAAUUGAUAUGUCAGGAAUUGAGCCUGGGAACUGCCACAUAGAAAAUACUUGUUCUACUACAGAGCUAUGAUUCACUGUUACUUUCUGUUGUGCUACAGUCUCUCUUCCUCUACUUUCUGUAAUUUUGUGGUAUGGCCCUCUUGGUCUUCUCUGAGACCAAUUCCACGUUGGUGCUUCUAGGGAGGUGGGUUAGCAUGUGGCAGCAGUUGUAGCCCAAUUGCCUUAGGGUGCAAGUGGUUGCUUAAGGUUAAACCUAAGCAAUUAACACCUGUAUUCCCAGUGACCAUGGUUCUGGGGGGUUCCUUGAUCCACCCUGUAAAGGGUGUGAUACAACCUUAGCAUAAAGCUAUGGCAUUUUCACAAGAGUAGAGAUGUGAGGAACUUGAACUUUGAGUCUUCAGCACGCAAAGUAGUAGAAUGGGUUCUACUACUUAAUGCCAAACAAAUUCAACUCCCAAUUUCAGAAUACUGGAUUUCUGUACACACUGGCCAAAAUAUUAGAUCCUACAGCACUGGAAGAAAGCUGGAAAUCUAUCACCCAAAUUGAUACAUUUGGAGGACACAUUCCAGUAUUCUGUACAACUUUGUCCCAUGGGGAGACACAGAGCUUUUCCAAAUGAUUGGUGGGUAGGGAAAUGUUCUCAUGCAACUAUUGGGUUGGGCAUGGAGAUCAGGAAUGAGGGGAAGUGUGUGUGUAUAUAUAUAGCUUGCAGCAAUUCAGUAUGCCUAAGCAGUAGACUAUAAACAUAGUAAAGGUGGUGAUAAAAUGUCAAGCUAGGAUCUCAAAGAACAGGGUCCAAAUUCCCACUCAGCUAUGAUGCAGCCUAGUUCUGGGCACCACAGUUUAAGGACAUUGACAAACUGGAACACAUCCAAGGGAGGGCAAGAAACAUUUGGAUGGGGCCUGGAGACCAAGUCCUAUGAGGAAAAGUUGAAGGAGUUAGGUAUGCUUAACUUAGAAAACAGAUUGUGGCCACAUCCAUUCCACAUAUUUAGGGCACUAUUAUACCACUUUAACGGGAUGCGGGUGGCGCUGUGGGUUAAACCACAGAGCCUAGGACUUGCUGAUCAGAAGGUCGGCAGUUCGAAUCAACGCAACAGGGUGAGCUCCUGUUGCUUGGUCCCUGCUCCUGCCAACCUAGCAGUUCGAAAGCACGUCGAAGUGCAAGUAGAUGAAUAGGUACCGCUCCUUCAGGAACGUAAACGGCGUUUCCGUGCGCUGCUCUGGUUCGCUAGAAGCGGCUUAAUCAUGCUGGCCACAUGACCCUGAAGCUGUACGCCGGCUCACUCGGCCAAUAAAGCGAGAUGAGCGCCGCAACCCCAGAGUCGGUCACGACUGGACCUGAUGGUCAGCGGUCCCUUUACCUUUAUACCACUUUAACAGUCAUGGCUUCCUCUAAAAAUGUUCGUUACAAGUGCUGAGAGUUGUUAGGAGAAUCCUAUUCCCCUUCACAUUUCCCAGAGUUCCCUGGCCGGAGGGAUUUAUUCUUAAACCACUCUAGCAGCACCUCAACACACCAAACUACAGUAAGUUAUUUGAGAUGUGGCUGCAAAGUCAAGUUUGAGUAGGUAGGGUCUGAGUGUUUCAUAUCCUCCAUUAUCCUGUCUCCAUGCUGGAGGAAGAUAUAACUAUGGUUAUAUAUGGCAGGAAGGAGAAGGGUUGUUGAAAUAGGACACAUGCAGAUAAAUAUAUAGGGUUUUGUCUACUUUCAUCAUAACAACAGUUGUUUUGUGGGCGGGGGGAGCUAGGUCCGCUUCUUGGAGCAACAAAACAAGGUGCUGGAGACAAAAUGGAGCUUACUGCAAGAGCAGAAACGAGUCAGGAGCAACAUAGAGCCCUUGUUUGAUGGGUUUAUCAAUAACCUGAGGAGGCACCUGGAGGGUCUCGCAUGCGACCGAAGUAAGCUGGAGACUGACCUGACCAACUCAAGAGAUGUACUGGAGGAUUACAGGAGAAAGUAAGUGGCAUAUAUUUAUCUGUGACACAGCAUGUUUUCUGAAGUUGCAUAAGCUUCAUUUGAAGAAGAAAAAGCUUUUUUUUGUGGGGUAUUCUACUACACACGAACACCAUACAAACAGGCCCUUAAUAUAUGCAGCUCUUCAAAAGUUUAGUGACACAUAGCAGAUUGAAAUAAAUUAAAUCUCUUUAUUGCCAGUCUGAGUCAACAUAGAUUUUGCUUACGCAAAGUUUGAAGAUGUUGCUUCUGUGAAGUAUUCCCUCAGAAGGAGCCAUUUUCAAGGUCUCUGAUAAGCCCCACUUGCCGCUGUUUCAGCAUGCAUAGUUGAUUGAUCUGUAUGCACUGAGGCUAAACGCACUAAGCUAUCCUGCAAAGACUUCACCCUUCCCUCCAGGACUUCAUUCUGCAAAGACUUGUGAUGUUCUGCAUUCGAUGCACAACACAAGGCUUAUGCAGUGCAGCAUAGAUAUCUGUUGGGUCUGCAUAUUUUAGUUCCAGGGUGUGGUCUGAAGGUUCAUGAGUCUGAGUAGGUCUGAAGACCUGUCUGGGUGACCACCUGGAAACCACAUCGCUGCUUCCUUGGGUUCUCAUGAUGGAAGGAAAGCAGGAUAAUAAGAAAACUAAAUACAUAAGUGUGAUUGAUCCCUCUCCCUGGCUCCUGUGUGCUGAUGAGAGGUUCAGGAGGCCCAUUCCCCACUUUCAUGGCUUAUCCUCUUCCUAUCUUUACUACAGGGAUAGCUUGACUUGAGAACCAGUGGUCCUCCAUGAGCUGUUGCACUCCAGCAUGGACGAUGGUCAGGGAUGAUGGGAGCUGUGAUCCAACUACUUCUGGGGGGCCAUAGGUUCUCCUCCCCCCCCGGUCUAAAAAGGAUCCAUAUUCCCAUGCUAGGUUAAAGAACUUGACCCUUAGCCAAAGCUACAUUCCCAGUCUCGUACAAGAAAUUAGAUGAUAGCUCUGCCAAAGAACAUAGCACUGGUACAUCUUGAUUUAUUGAACUUUGCAGAAAUUGUGUUCUUUUACAAGUUGAAGGACUGGAAGAGCUGUUGCUGUUGGGUUGGAGAUGAGGCUGCAGGAACCUGUACCCGUCACACAGCGACUCCUGCUGCACCUUACAAGGACACUAGUGCAGCUACAGGCAGCCCACCCAUUUAAUAGACCACAGUAUAGUGUAAACAUAACUUUUAUAUGCACUGGGAAACAAAAAUAAUAAUGUGUGACUUUAUUGCAAUAUACACUGUGUUGCAGUGGUCUGGAACCAAACCCCCAAUAUCUCCAAACGAUGCCUGUAUUUCUUUGAACUAUAAGAAAAACCAAUUUGCUGUGCUGUUCAAAUGUCACAGACUUUUUACAGUGUAAGAAUAGGGCCAGUUUUGGACUGUUGCUAUUUUGCAGUAUGAAUCAAUCGUGCGCCAGCAAAUUCAAGUUGCACAAAUAAGGUGGAUUUGGUCCUCCUGGCCAACAGAUCUGCUUCACACAUAAUAUGUAGUAAGGAAACUGAUGGGAAAAUGCACUGGGAAAGGUGGGAUAAAGACGAUGUUGAGUGACGUCAUAUACCCACAGUGCAAACAACUCAGAAGGAAUGUCAAUAUGCAGUGGGAAUCGUAUAAGCUCUGCACAAAUCUUGUGCAAUCAGAUCAGGUUGAGUGCCCCAUGCACGUUGCCUUGUCCAGAAUUGAUCCACUUUCUCACCAGGUAUGAAGAAGAGUGCAAUGGACGAACCCGUGCUGAGAAUGAAUUUGUAACACUUAAAAAGGUAAGUGAUGCACAUCUUGAUUGAAAUAAAUGAGCAUGGGGCAGAGGAAGCUGUCUUGUACCAAGUCAAACCAUUGGCCCAUGUCAUCUACACUGACUGGCAACAGCCGUGCUUGGGUUUCAGGCAGAGGACAUUUCCAACUCCACCUGGUCGAUCGUGCCGUGGAUUGGAUUUGGGACCUUCUGAAGAUGCUCUAGCACUGUGCUAUGGCCCCUCUCCAGUGACAUCUCUUCUUUCUGGUGUUGGAUAUAAAGAAUGUCCAUUUACUAGUUAUUUAUCUAAAGGCAGAGAGGUGACUGGAGGUCCUCUUUCCAAGUUUCAGCAUUGUAAAGAUUGGUUUGCAGCCUUUUGAGAAAAAUAUGUCAGGCACAGCCAGUGAUUUUCCAGCCUGGGGGAACGCAGGGGUACGCAUACCCCUAAACACUUUGUGAAUCUAAGUUUGGCCUCAUUGAGGGGCAGUAUUUCAAUAUGGGUAGGAAAAUGAGAGUACCCCUAAACAUUUUUUUUAUAUAAAAAAAGCAGUGGGCGCAGCCAUGUUGGGAUGCUUUGUGAGGUGACUUUCUCGGUCUGUCUAAUGGUAGGACCAGUCCUGGAGUACAGCAGAGGGGGGAGCAGAAUUGCAUGUUGAGUAUAAAGGUAAAGGGACCCCUGACCAUUAGAUCCAGUCGUGGCCGACUCUGGGGUUGCGGCGCUCAUCUCGCUUUAUUGGCUGAGGGAGCCGGCGUACAGCUUCCGGGUCAUGUGGCCAGCAUGACUAAGCUGCUUCUGGCGAACUAGAGCAGCGCACAGAAAUGCCGUUUACCUUCCCACUGGAGCGGUACCUAUUUAUCUACUUGCACUUUGAUGUGCUUUCAAACUGCUAGGUAGGCAGGAGCUGGGACCAAGCAAUGGGAGCUCACCCCGUCGUGGGGAUUCGAACCGCUGACCUUCUGAUCAGCAAGUCCUAGGCUCUGUGAUUUAACCCACAGCGCCACCCACGUCCCUCAUUUUGAGUAUACAGACAGGCAAAUAGAUUGGAGAAUAAGAUGGUAAGUGCAGGUAAUGGGGAAGUAUCUAAAGAGGUACACAGUCAAGAAUCUAGCUGCUGCCCAGGUUAAAAAGCAAAACAAAACAGGCUUCACCUGUGAUGAUUCAUAGCUAGGCCAUAAGGAACCAAUGAGGUCCUAAAGCCAUGUUGAGACAAUUCUAGCCCUCUCCAGACAGAAGAUGAUACUUGAGGGCUGAGCCAAAACUUCUUUCCUGAGCAUGAAGAGCAAGAUGGUUCUUCCCCAAGGAGCCAACCAGAUUGGCAGGUGUAUCUGACUUCAGCACUGGUGAAAGGAAAGUCCCCUCCACGGCACAAGAGGAGACUGAAUUGCAUUAAAUGGUCUGAUUCAACAAGGGUCUUUUCUCUAGUGAGAACUGAGCAUGCUCAGGGGCCAUGGGGUGUUGAUUGGGUAUUGAAGGGGGAAAAUGGAAUGGAGUGGCUGAAAUCCUAAACAGCAAGCACUCUACACUGUCAGAAGUCCCACUUGUAUCUGCUUCAAACAGGCUUCCUGCUCUGCUGCAUGAAAUACUGGGUAUGGGUGGGCCAUUAUCAAAGUACUCUACCAAUGGCCCACUGUUGUGUUCUGGGAAAUUGUAAUUUAAAAGCACCCCGUCUUACCAUAUGUUUAACUGGUCCCUAGGAUGUUGACUGCAUAUACAUGAACAAGGCUGACCUGGGAGCGAAAGUGGAAAGCUUAAUUGAGGAGAUCAACUUUCUGAGAUGCUUGUACGAGGCGGUAAUGACAUUUCCUAAUCUGAAAUACACAUUGUAGCCCACUUUUUAUUGAUGAAGUGGGGAAAGUCUAUAUUCCUUUAAACAGCCACAGCAACAAUGAGAAUGUAUGGUAAUAAAAGAGGGGGAAAGUCUAAGGUUAGCCAGUAUACAGAGGCAUUUUGACAUAUGUCCAAUGAGCCCAUUUGAUUUUUCAGAAGCACAACCAAACUUCAGGUAUGUUAAGUCAAUGCAUAGUAUUCAAUCUUAUGCAGUUGGAGCUGAUCACACACACACACACACACACACACACACACACACACACAGAGUGAAAACUGGCAAUCCACAGGCCAGAUCCAGUCUGUCUUGUUUGAGACAGAAGUUUACUGGAGUCUCCCAGGCAAGCAUGGAAGAAGUCCAAGAUAGGCCAGUCAGGACCAUAGACUGCCCACUGCAGUACCUGAUUACAAGUUCAAACUUGAUGCAGGCAAAUUGACACCCAGAGCGUUUGGAAUGUCUCCCUGGAAUAAAGCUGGAGCAAAGUGCAAUCUUCAAGUUGUCUUGCUGUCUGAAGAGUUCCUCACGCUCCAUCUUCUGAGGGAAAACUGACAGGCACUGCCUCCUCCAUUGGAGCUGGGAAACUUCCUUAUGCCCCUGGAUGUGGCGUGAUAGUGGAGGGGUGGCUCCAGAACUGCAGGACAUUCUGUGGGCAAAUAAUGUGAGUCGGAAGAGCGAUAGGGUUACCUCCUCAAGCAGAGAGGAUGGAGGCAUCACCAGACCUAAGUUCCCCUACUGCAAGGGGUCUCUGGUGUGGAGCUUUAUCUGGUCUCUGAUCACUUCAUUACAUUUUAAUUCAGGUGUGCUGAAGGGUUUUUUUAGUAUUCUUCUCCCGCCACCAACCCCCUUUCUUAUGCAGCCCUGUGCCUUGCUGUGUAUUCCACAUCAGUCUGGUUGAAUUCCCCAAUGGCAAAGAAUCUCUUUAAUAAUUCCUGGAGCCUUUCAGGAAGUAAAGAGUGGCUAACCAGUUUUGGGCCCAAGAAUUCACCCAUGGCCAAACUUCAGGCAGGAUGGGCACAUGCCAGCAGUUGAUGUGGCCAAAAGGGGGUGUACCCAUCACAUAUUCACAUGUAUUUUCUUGCACGCACGCACGCACGCACACAGGCAGAGACAAACAUACACAAACAAACACAGAAGCACUCAGCUUUCCUUCCUCAGCUGAUUCAUACAGAACAGCUGAGGAGGCAGGGCUGUCACUGCCCUCUCUGCUCAUCAAAUGUUUGAUCUGAAUCAAGGCUCUGGGCUCCACCCACCACUGUGUCUGCUUUAACACUCCUCCCCGUUUUGCUGCAGCCAGCAAAAAUGCUGGGAUAUUGGGGGUGGGUGGGUACAUCAAGCCGUUGACCUGGGACUUAGUCACACCUGACUUAUUCCAUCCCAACAUAUGUGGAUCCCAUACUGCUAUGUCAUGCAAAUGAAAUCCAAGAUGGGACUGGUUUGAUCCAGUCCCCCAGGCCUAGCUUCUGAAUAAGAGAGUGGCCCUUGAGAAUACAGAAAAUGGUCAUCUAAUAAUAACAUACCCUCUAACAUUUCUCCAAGGAAAAUAGGAGACCUUAUUCAAUAUUAAUAAUGAUUAUGAUGAUGAUGAUGAUGAUUUUACUAUUUAUACUCCGCCCAUCUGAGCGGAUUGCCCCAGCCUCUCUGGGCGGCUUCCAACAUAUAUAAAAACAUAACAAAACAUUAACCAUUUUAUAAGAAACCUUCCCUAUACAGGGCUGCCUUUAGAUGACUUGGGGGCAGAUAACUCCAUACUCUCCAACAUUUAUCCAAUGAAAAUAGGGACAUCCUAAGGAAAAGUGGGACAUUCUGGGAUCAAAUCAUAAAAAAGGACAGCUUCUGUAAAUCUGGGACUGUCCCAGGAAAUUAGGGACACUGUAAUAACAGGUGAGAGAGGAAUCUCAUACCUAGCUUCUUACAGGAACUCCAGGAACUCCAUGCCUGCAUCUCAGAUACCUCUGUUAUUGUGCAAAUGGAUAACAGCCGAGCCCUAGAUCUGGAUGACAUUAUUGCUGAGGUCAAAGCCCAGUAUGAAGACAUCGCAAACAGGAGCCGCUUUGAGGCAGAGUCAUGGUACCAGUGCAAGGUGAGAUUUAGAUUUCUCUGGGAGGAAAGGAUAGUUGAUAGCAGAGAAAGUUCACAACCAAAAUCACUAGCAGCUCCUGGAGCAUUGUUGAAAUAUUUUCUGUCUUGAUGGCUAAGAUAAUGCCGUUCACAGGUGCUAUCAGAUAGAUGCUGAUUGCAUUGUUGAUGUUUAAAUACAAACUUUUUUUUAAAAAAAGAUGAUGUUUUAAUAAAGCUUGGUGUUUUUUUUGUUUUUAAAAAAGGUCUAUAGGAAGAUUGGUGUGUUUUAAAAUGAGAUGCAAUGCAUGGUUAAUUGUUGUCUACCAUGAAAAUUACUGAAACUUCAGUGAACUUUAGUAAACCGUGGAUUAUUAAGAGGGAAGAGUUGCUUGGAUAAUUAUGAAGUCUGACUGCUCCAGAAGGUAUUUCACAUGUCAAGUUUUCUUUCUAAGUAUGAAGAGAUGAGGGCAACAGCUGGCAAGCACUGUGACAACCUACGUGACACAAAGAACGAAAUCAUGGAGUUGAACCGUGUGAUACAGAGACUGAAGGCUGAAAUUGACAGUGCCAAAGGGAAGGUAACUCUGGGCAACUUUUGUGUGGGUGUCUGCCACAAUUAUACCAGUUUGUGCCUGGAAGAAAUUCCUGAUAAGCACAGUGAGCUGAGGAAAAAUAUGAAGGCUGGGCAACCUCACCCUCCAAUUCUUCAUGCUAUUUGUGGGCAGGAAAAUUGAGGGGUGUGCUUUGCGGAAUAUUGUUGGCAUGGGAUGUGAUAUUCGUUUCUCAAUAAAUAAUCUUCUGGGAAUUAAUGCUGAAGAAACUCUAUUGUUUGUUUAUAUUGAUGAAAGCAAAGGGUGAAGGCAAGAGGACUGGAAGGAGUAGGAGCCAUAGCAUCUAUUAGCUAAUAAGCAGGCACCGGACAGAUCCAGAGCUACCUAACUUCAGCAAGGUUGCAGCUUCGCGUCCUUUCAGAUCACACAUUUGGGACUAUACUGACAGAAAGAAGAAAUAUAGUCAAUUUUUUAAAAAACUAGCGAAAGCCUGAUCAACUUUGGGUUAACUACCCCGAAACCUCCCACAGAUAUUUCACCUGAGCAGAAUCCUCAGAAUUGAUUUCCAGUUUUGCUCUAGACAAGAUUUGGGGGGAUCUUCAUGUUUCCUGCUAUAAAGUGUAUAAAUGAAGUGCCUGGCGCAACAGACAGCCUUGAUUUGAAUUGUGUAAUUCUUGCAAAGAUGAUACAAUAGCUGCCUCUCUGGGGUCUCCAGAACUCACAUACUUCAAUGUGAAGAGUUUUAGGUUCUAAUAUCAGUCACUCUCAUUACAGUCCCUCUACAGCAGGGAUGGGGAACCUCAGGCCUGGGUAAAAGCUCAGGCAAAAGUAGCCCUCCAGCCUUCUCCAUCUGGCCCUCAGGACUUUUCCCAGGCCACAUCUGCUCCCUGACUAUGCUUUGCAUCCUGCUUAAGAUUCUUUGGCCUGACUUGAAUGUGUCCUUGAACUUUUGGAUGCCUGGAUGGAGGAUACAGAGGGGUGUGUGAAUGUGCAUAGAAACUACUGUACAGAGAUAAAAUUUACACUCCUUGUGUUAAGUUGUGGGUGAACAUAUCAGACGACACAGCGAUUCUUCAAACAGCUCUUGUUUAUUCACAGGCCAGAACAGAACUGAACUGAAGGGUUCAGUCAGCCUGCUUAUAUAGAGCUCCAGUACAACGUAACUGUAACAAUUUUCUAAAACUAUCCAAUCACUGAACGUCACUUUCGAUCCCUUAUUUGCAUAACUAUCUACAGUAUCCCCCUGCUGGCCCAGGGUGAGAACUUCAGUACAUAACACCUUGCACAACCCUUUUUUGCCUCUGUCUCCAUCCACCACUGUUUCCCAGAAGGGAAUGUCGUCCUCGGGCUGGAAAAAACUCCUUUAGAACUUUAGCCCUAAUGUCCAAUUUAUCCAUGGUAGCUUAAAUUGUUCAGCCCAACUGAUGAGAAUGUGACAGGACUAUGUCUCUGGGUUUUGCCUCUGCAGCGCAGCAAACUGGAGGCUGCCAUUGCAGAAGCAGAAGAUCGUGGAGAGAUGGCUCUCAAAGAUGCUAAGUGCAAGCUAACAGAGCUAGAAGAUGCCCUGAUGAAGGCCAAAGCAGACAUGGCCCGACAGCUGCGGGAAUACCAGGAGCUCAUGAAUGUCAAGCUGGCCCUGGAUAUUGAGAUUGCCACCUACAGGAAGCUGUUGGAAGGAGAGGAGAGCAGGUGAGUUGAUUGUUUCGAUGCAAGGUGCACACACUGGGUUGGAUCCAGAGAUAGUCACAUGUAGAAUAGGUCUGCUGAAGUCACUGGGACUUUGGCUAGUCAUUACAAACAAGUCCCAUAGAUUUCCUAUACCAGGGAUGCGGGUGGCACUGUGGGUUAAACCACAGAGCCUAGGACUUGCCGAUCAGAAGGUCAGUGGUUCGAAUCCCCACAAAGGAGUGAGCUCCCGUUGCUCGGUCCCUGCUCCUGUCAACCUAGAAGUUUGAAAGCACGUCAAAGUGCAAGUAGAUAAAUAGGUACCGCUCUGGCGGGAAGGUAAACGGCGUUUCUGUGUGCUGCUCUGGUUCACCAGAAGCGGUUUAGUCAUGCUGGCCACAUGACCCGGCAGCUGUACGCCGGCUCCCUCGGCCAAUAAAGCGAGAUGAGCGCCGCAACCACAGAGUCGGCCACGACUGGACUUAAUGGUUAGGGGUCCCUUUACCUUUUUAUGCCAGACUAGCCAACAUGGUGUCCUCCGGAUGUUGCUGGGCUCCAACAUCCACCAGCCCCAGCAAGCUUGGCCAAUGAUCAGGGAUGAUGGGAAACUGUAAUCCAGCAACAACUGGAGAACCACAUGUUGGCUACCUCUGACCUUAUCUCAGCAUGACCCAACCCUUGAGGGCCACCAUGUGGAAACUGAUUUCAACUGCAACAUGUGGUGAGCCACAUGAACCAAGACAAGGGGGGAUCACUUCAGUUCAGAAUUCAACAUCCAUGAUACAAUGGAAAUAUGAGACUUUUCCAUUCUCUCUGAACAGGUUGUGUGGUGAAGGGGUCUGCCCCGUGAAUAUUUGUAAGUCGUACUUUGCUUUCUAUAUUUUCACCUUUGUUAUGGAUCUUCUGUGA